AUGUCCUUUUUGAAAUCAGCACAAGCUUUAAAGCCAUUGUUUGACAGAGUCUUGGUCCAAAGAUUGAAGCCAGCCACCAAGACCUCGACUGGUAUCUACAUCCCAGAGAAGAACCAAGAGAAAUUGAACCAGGCGACUGUUAUUGCUGUUGGUCCAGGUAUGACAAACACUACCACAGGCGAGGUCAUCCCAGUUUCAGUCCGCGCAGGUGACAAGGUUUUGUUGCCAUCAUUCGGUGGUAACCCAAUCAAAGUUGGUGAGGAUGAGUACUUGUUGUACACCGACAAGGAACUCUUGGCCAAGAUUGAAGAGUAA